CUGAUGCCUCUCCACUGGCCGGCCAACCAUGAGGCACUGUGUACUUCUCUCCACCCUCCUCUUUCUGACUCUCUUACCCCCAGCAAGAGGUGGUUUGGGUGCUUCUGAAACCUUUUGUCUAAACCUGUCGGGCAUCUGCAGAAGAGACAUCUGCAAAAGAACAGAGGAUACAAUUGGCGGCUGUCGCAGAAGGUGGAAAUGCUGCAGAGCCUGGUGGAUACUGAUGCCAAUCCCCACACCGGUUGCGUACUCAGAAUACCAAGAACCUCUUCAUCCCAAAGUGAAAUGAAAUGAGGACAUGAAGGCAUCCAAAGGAAAAUUCUAGACACAUUUAGACUAUAUAUCUUGAUUUAUUCCAGCUUUAUUACCAAUUCUUAUU